AUGAAGUGUAGAAUUUGUGAUGAGGAAGCAAAGCAUCUACCUGCUGACUUACUUUCAAAUGUCAGCCUUCUAGAUACAAACAAAGGAAGACAGCCAACUCAUUUUAGUGGAAAGCGUCAGUACCCACGGGAAAUUAGUAGCCCUGAUGAGCAUCUUCUGAACCCCCUGGAAGUGCCCUCCCUCCCAGGGGAUACGUCCGUUGUUCUUUGGUGGUUCUCAACAUGUGGUGCCAGUGGUCCACAUGGGCCAACUCAGGCUCAGUGUGACAAUGCCUACAGGGGCAGCAAUGUGUCGGUGAUUGUGGUGAAGGAGGGAAGGCUCCGAGGAGUGCAAGUCUGGAGAGUGCCAGCCACAAACCGAUACAGAAUUUCUGCAUAUGGAGCAGCUGGAGGAAAGGGAGCCAAAAACCACAAUGAGAGGUCCCACGGGGUCUUCAUCUCAGCCACCUUCCAGCUGGAGAAAGAUGAGCUGCUGUACAUCUUAGUGGGGCACCAGGGGGAGGAUGCCUGCCCUGGGGCCAAUCCUCAGACCCAGAAGAUCUGCUUAGGGGAGUCAUCUGUCAUUGAAGAAGAUUAAAAAAAAAAGGACCUGAAGGACUGGGCUGGAGGAGGUGGGGGUGGAGGAGGAGCAACCUACAUCUUUAGACAGAAGGAUGGGAUUUUCGAACCUUUGCUCAUCGCAGCAGGAGGAGGAGGAAAAGCCUAUCUGAAGGCUCAGGACAACUCCCUGGAUGACAUACCCCUGGAGCAAUUUGAGAACAGCACUGCAGUACCGGGAGUCAGUGGAAGAACUGGGGCAGCAGGUGGAGGUGGUGGCUGGCAAGAUGUGACUCUGCUUCCUCAAGCUGGGAAGUCCCUCUUGGAAGGUGGAGAAGGGGGUCAAGCUUGUCAUCAAGCAUUAGCCAAGCUCCAGUGGGCUACCUCUGGUGGUUUUGGUGGUGGAGGAGGAGCUUGUACUUCUGGUGGAGGAGGUGGAGGUUACAGAGGGGGGCAUGCCUCUAAUAAUGAUGAUAUCACAGCUAGUGGGCAGUAUGGCAUCUCGUUUGUGAAUCCCAUUGGAGAGAUCUUCUUGCAUCCCCUUGCAGCUGUGGAGAAUGAUGGUGAAGUGGAGGUUCAGAUCUAUCUUAACUGUAGCCACUGCCACUCAGACAACUGUAAGAGAGACCCUGACACCAACCUGCCUGUCUGCCAAUGUGAGAUGGGGGCUGUGCUAGCCAAUGACAAUGUCACCUGCACUGUGCCACAGGGUCAUAUCCCAGAGGGACAUCUGCCUCUCCCACUCCUCCUAGCUGUGGUGGCUGUGAUUGUGAUGCUCGGAAUGAUCCUCACUGGUGGCAGCCUAUCUAUCAUUUAUCACCUGAAGAAGCAGCAACUGGAAGGGGCCAGAGCACGACUGCAGAGCCCGGAAUAUAAACUGAGUAAAAUCCGCACAUCAGCCAUCAUGACAGAUUACAACCCCAACUACUGCUUUGCUGGGAAGGCUGCAACUCUGAGUGAGCUGAAGGAGAUCCCACGGAAGAACAUCUCUCUGCUUCGGGCACUAGGACAUGGUGCGUUUGGUGAGGUUUAUGAAGGAACAGUGGUAGGCAUUGCAGGGGAUCCCAAUCCUCUCCAGGUGGCUAUUAAGACACUGCCAGAAGUCUGCUCCGAGCAAGAUGAGAUGGAUUUCCUGAUGGAAGCACUGAUUAUCAGUAAGUUCAAUCAUCAAAAUAUUGUGCAGUGCAUUGGUGUUAGCCUGCAGACGCUGCCUCGCUUCAUUCUGCUUGAGCUCAUGGCUGGAGGAGAUAUGAAGAGUUUUCUUCGACAGAAUCGACCCAGAGUGAAUCAGCCAUCCACACUAACAAUGCAGGACCUGCUGAACAUAGCUCGGGAUAUCGCCUGUGGCUGUAAAUAUCUGGAAGAGAAUCAUUUCAUACACAGAGAUAUAGCUGCACGGAAUUGCCUUUUGACCUGUGCUGGAGCAGGUCGAAUAGCCAAAAUCGGUGACUUUGGGAUGGCCAGAGAUAUCUACAGAGCAAGUUACUAUCGCAAGGGAGGAAGAGCCAUGCUUCCUGUCAAGUGGAUGCCGCCAGAAGCUUUUCUAGAAGGCAUUUUUACCUCCAAAACUGAUACCUGGUCCUUUGGUGUUCUUCUCUGGGAGAUUUUUUCUCUGGGCUACAUGCCCUAUCCCUGCAAAACUAAUCAGGAAGUGCUGGAAUUUGUCACCAGUGGAGGAAGAAUGGACCCCCCAAAGAACUGUCCAGGGCCUGUGUACCGCAUCAUGACGCAGUGCUGGCAGCACAGCCCAGAAUACCGGCCAAACUUCUCUACCAUCCUGGAAAGAAUCAAGUACUGCACGCAGGACCCUGAUGUGAUCAACACAGAGUUGCCCAUGGAGUGUAGCCCAGCACCAGAGGAUGAAGGGAACACGGUUGUGCGCCCAAAUGUUUCCAGUGGGAUAGUGCCCCUGUUGGUGAGCCCUUCUCUUACACCUCAGAUGACACCUAAAACCCUGGAUUCCCACCGUCCUGGGCAAAAACUCGUACAAUGUCCACAAGAGCUACUGGUGGAGAACCUCAGCAAUCGGGCUGCUCGAGGGCCCAGCCUGCCAUGCCUCAGCGAUUUCAGCGCAUCCUGGAAGUUAGAAUUCAGCAAUCCACCAACCCACAGACUGAAGAACAAAACUAAAAACCUUUGGAAUCCAACCUAUGGAUCAUGGGUGCUAGAGAACAUGUGUCACUUAAGCCCCACCUCCAAACUGAAAGCAACUCCAGAGCGAGAAGAUUCAGGCUUUGAUGGAAAUUGCAGUUCUUCUCCUAGUUCUCGGGCAUCUCCAGCAUCUCCAAGUCGAAGCAACUGCCCUCACUUAGAUAUUGGUGGGAUCGAACUGGUGAAACUCCAGACUUUCCCCUGUGGUAAUGUAAAUUAUGCAUAUGAUGAUCUGUGCUAUGGCACUGAUCACCCACCAUCAGUUUUGACAGGGGUCAGAGCAGCUGUGCUAAGGAGCUCCAGUCUGCAUACAGAUGAGAAACCUUUUUAUAAAACAGAUAAAGCAGCAAGAGAGAGGGACUCUGGUCUGUCUUUGUCAGAUGAUCUGAGUGUUACACCAGUAUAACAGAAAAGAUUCAUCCAAAUAUCAGAGAAUGUGAGUGUUUCUGGAAGGGCAAACUUGAACUGCUUCCUAUUUCACUUACUUCCUCCAUGUAAGUUCCUUUAGAGGGGUGAUGUUUCGACAUCAGCAAUGAUCAUCUUCCUCCUUCUACCUGCCAAAUCCCCAGAUCAUUACAGACAGUUGCAUUUCUACUUCUGUCCAGCGACUGUGUUCCA